AUGCUGCUGGUGCCGGUGCUGUGCUUCUGCCUGCCGUGCGUGAUCCGGUUGAUGGGCAUGCUGCAAGGACCGCAGAGACGGAAAGGGGCUAGGCAGGAUGAAAUCGAGAAGCUACCCGUUGUCAAGUAUCGUGAGGUGCAAGACAUGGAAGACGACGCGUGCGCCAUUUGUCUUGUGGAGUAUGAAGCAGAGGACGAGCUCAGAAAGCUUCCCUGCCGGCAUGCCUUCCACAAAACGUGCGUGGACAGCUGGUUGGCCGUGAAUGCGAGCUGUCCCAACUGCAGGGCGCGCUGCUUCGAAGAAGAGGACGGCGAGGGGGAGGAAAAGAUCGCGGAUGAUGCACCCGCACCCGUGGGAGACAACCUGGCAUGACGCCGCCACCGUUGGCGUCCUGUCAACGUAUGGCUGAGCACGGUACUACGCUGAAGAACCGGUGCUUGGGACGGUGCUGAGAGUGGUGCUUCAACCGGUGCCGAGAAACACUGUUCAGAACGGUUCUGAGCACGGUGCUUGGAACGGUGCUGAGAGUGGUGCUUCAACCGGUGCCGAGAAACAAUGUUGACAACGGUUCUGAGCACGGGGCUGAGAAUGGCUUUGGCUGAGCUUACGGCAACAAGUCUGCUGGCAAGGGCUAGGUUCGCUACAUGACAUCAACGGUCCACGCGGUGCAAUUCGCAAACAAGCGGGGGUGGGACUACAGCAGUCUGGGAAAAUAAAUGCUGCAGAUCCACCGGUGGAUGGCUUGAUGUAUGGCGCGCUGGAAUGCGGCGCUCGCGGGACGGUCGGGCUUGAGAUCGUUUUUGCAGCCGGGCUUGCGAUUUUGGUUAUUUUUCUCCGAAACCGUUCAAGGCGCAGUGAGUGAAGGAGUGACUCACCAAAGUGGAAUCUAGAAAAGAUGGUUAUUUUUAUUUUGAAAGGGUGCGUAGAGAUCGGACCAGUCGGGAGAAGACGAGAGGACAAUCAGUUGUGGAGAUGCUGCAGAGGGGCCAGUAUUGGGUAGGGUUGGUUCAGCGGGACGAGUAGUUGGGGCUCCAUCAUCAGUAUCACGCGCGAUCGAAUCUCGAUGGUUCCCGUCGUGUCUGUGUGACAUGUGUGUCUGUUUGUCGGGCGUACCCUUAACCUUGCUGCGGAGGCUGUGGGCGUGGGGCCGUGUUUGCUGUGGUCGUUUUUUGGUAUUGGCAGGCACGCACCCUCCCUCCAGCGAUUCUGGGUGAAGAGUCUUUUGCGGGCCUGGGCUUCGGCGGGCGGUGUUUUGAUGGCUGUGUGAAACGUGUGCUGUUGUCUGUCCGAUAUAAUUGUGACUGAGUGCCAGCAUAACAAGUUUGAAUUUGAUAGCCGGCUUUUGUGACAAGACUACCCCGCCCAACGCAUGUUGUUGAUGCAUUUUGUUCGAAUUCGUGCCUUGCCCUUCCCUCUCUGGGUUUUGUGCAUUGCCUAGCGCCACCAUGCCUGCCGAUGUAACGGUUUUUGGUGAUUGUAUGUAUCAGGUGGCGUUUUUUUUUCUUUAUGUGGUGGCUGGCGCUCGUAUGAAUCAUGGAUGGUUCUAGGUUGUAUUGGUGGGCGCCCUGCAUGUCUUUCUUGUUUUGUGUACGAUGCUGAUGCCUGUUCUGUGUGUGUCGAUACACU